UUUACAUUUGCGACAGUAAAUCGACAUACGGUUGUGUUCCUGUCCUCAGGAGAACCGAAGCAAGGACAACAGAUAUGUUUAAUGUAUCACUUUUUUAAAUGCGCAGGAUAACUUAAAAACGCAAGACUUUAAUGCCUGACUUAAAUGGUGUGAACUAAUCGAAGUCCAAUACCCCCUCUUAUAAUAUGGCAAAUCCUUUAAGAAGAGAGGUUAUUAGACUAUAUAAAAAUCUUCUUUAUCUUGGUCGAGAGUAUCCACAGGGAUCAACUUAUUUUCGAGAGCGCCUGAAGACAGCUUUUAUGAAAAAUAAAGACGUGACGGACCCAGAGAAGAUCAAGAAACUUGUGGCAAAGGGGGACUUUGUUAUCAAAGAACUGGAGGCGAUGUAUUUUCUCAGGAAAUACAGGACACUGAAGAAAAGAUACUACGAACCAGAAAAAUAAGAAGAUAAAAAGUCAACUAGUUGCCAGUACGACUAGUAUUUUUGCAUGCUGAUUGUAUUGUGUAGCAAACUGCAUCUAGUAAAAACUUUUUUGGUCUUA